GAAUCCCACCUAGGAGAUGUAAGUGUCUGAAGCAUUUAUCAUUUUCUUUUAAGAACCACUGGCAUCCAGGUUAGGGUUGCCACCUUUGCCAGGCUUUAAACAGGGACAAAGGGGUGUGCGUGAUGACGCCAUGCGAUGACGUUCCGUGAUGGCAUUGCGUGUCCUUCUGACACAAAUUGCAUUGUAUAAAAAGCAUAUUGUAGUUUUAUAAAUCGCUAUACAGGUGUUCAUUUAAAAUCCUGGUUGAAUCUCAAUCUGCCGCCGCUCCUGAAUGUAUCCGACGCACACAAAAUGCUGUUUUGGCGCAAAGGUUUGCGCUUUACAGACUAUGAGGAGCAGUCACACCAGCGUUUUGAUGGCUGUCUGUGGUCUCUGAUGGAGGAGCGUCUGGGCUGUAGCUGUCGGAUCCAUUAUCAGCGAAAAGCUCUAUUUUGGAGGUUUCCUUACUUCUCAUAUGGCAACAUUUACUUCUUAACACAUUGCCUCAUUUAGUGACUUUUCCGAAGCAGAAACAGACAGACUUUGUAUUUGACGGAUGGAGUGAAUGUGUGACUCUGCCACUUGGUGUCCCUAGGUAUCCGCGCUGUUAGCCAGCUUGUCACAUUGUAUGACUUGGUGCCCAGCUGCCUGUCACCCUGUGCCACUCCGAGCCCCUUCAGCCCACCCGAGCCCCUUCAGCCCACCCGAGCCCCUCAGCCCACCCGAGCCCCUCAGCCCACCCGAGCCCCUCUCACCCGAUACAAAGGGAUCUCUCGCAUGCGCACUGCCGCCCCCCAACUUGUACACAGCGCCGGGUACAGAGAGAGGAGCGGCCGGAACUUCAGGAAACAGCGCCGGGCUGCAGUGAGAGAGCCGCUAGUGCCGAAUGCUCGGAGCGGCCCCUUGUCGUUCCGCGGAACUCUGUGCUACAUUCCUGCAGUAGGCGGGGGCCCGGGCUCUGAGCUCUCCGCUAACUGCUCCAUCUAUUGUAUUGCUGCCCUACACAAAGGAGCGCUCCGGGGCAGUCUGUCAGUCGCUGUCACUUUGUGCCGCCAGACGCAGCAGCGCACAGAGUUUUAUUGUCAGUAUUUAUUCUAUAAUAGUGUCCCUAGGCACAGAGCGGAUUUGCACUUCUGGAAGCUGAACCUACAGAGCUAGCAACGUAUUCUCCGAGCUGCUGCUUUGGUGCUUCCACUGGCCCCAAACCUACUGGGGAAGAGGGCUUGGGGCUCUCAGCCGGUUUGGCCUCUCUCUAUUGCUCCAGCAAUUCUGUGAAACCGUUAAAAUACACUUUGUUAAAGGUAGUGACCUUCUGCUGAUGCCUAUUAAGUUGGGAAAUUAAGCUUGGCUGACUUGCCAGAUCCACUGGAUUCAGGCUUUUUCUCUUGGAUAUGGAUCUCCUGCCCUGUCCUGAGCCCGCAAACCCUUCCGGGUAGAUGAGUUCCAGGAAGCCUUUUAUCAUCAAGCCGACUGCACAUCUUUCACUGCCUACAGAUCAGCCCACCUGGGAGAGAUGACAGCCACAGCUGCCCAAAAGUGCCUGAAGAAUGAUAAGGUUGAUGAGGCCCAGGCUUUGGCACGAAGCUGUGCUGGGAGACCAGAUUUUAAGCCCUGUGAUGGUCUUUCCAUCUGUGCUACCCACAGCCAUGGGAAGUGCUUCAGACUCCAUUGGUGCUGUCAUCUGGGCUGGUGUCACUGUAAAUAUGUGUACCAGCCCAUGACUCCUGUGGAGCAGCUUCCAAGCACAGAAAUUCCAGCUGAGCCCCAGGACCAGACAAACACCAUCCAAAUCUCUGUCUCGCUGGCCGAGCACUUUCUUAAAGUAGCCCCUUCUUUUCAACCCCCAUACAUUCCAGAAUCUCCUCGAUAUUGCACCAUCUCUGACCUAUUUCUGGAUAAUUAUCAGGUAAAAUGCAUCAAUGGGAAAAUGUGCUAUGUCCAGCGCCAACCGCUACCACCACCUCCUUCUCAUGGGGCUAGGCCUGUGAGAGAGCACCAACAAGAGGCCUACCAACCCAAUGAAGCACAGGGUCCUAAAUUAGAUCAUUGCUCUUCCCCAUCAAACUCAGAGGACUCUGGAAUCAAUGCAGUGGGAGUUCCCUUUUUAGAAUCAUGUGAUGAUGAUACAGAAGAAGGUGCGGAACUCAGUUCAGAGGAGGAUUGCAGUCCGGACAGUUGCUGGGGGCAGGAAAAUUGUCCACUAGUGGUAUCUCCAUCCAAAACAGACUUGGAAGUUAUAGAGACUAUAGAAACCACAGUUUAAAUAACAGGCUGCUGGUGGAAAGAGGUCAAAGUCAUAUGUGUGCACACCUGAGCAGGGUGCAGAGCAAUACAAUCAACAAAAUAUUGCACAACUGAUUACCUGUAUCCUUACACUAUUAUGUAUGGGCUACAUAUAGGAACAUCAACUCGUCAAGAACAGUCCCCAAGAUAAAUAGAAGUAUCAUAAGUAUUUUUGCUUAUUAAAGGCUUAUAGUAAUUACAAGCAAACUAUACACAAAUUGUUAGGUUGUAAUAAAUACUAUCCAAAGUCCAAAUUUUGUGAUGUGUGCCUUUGCAAUCAUACUUUUGUUUUUUUUAGAAAAGGAAAUAGAAUGGUUUAGUAUGUCAUAGUAAAAACUUAUUUAUCACAAUUUAUUAUAGAGAUUUCUAUCAUUUUUUAAAAAUUAUCCCUGCCCUAAUUAGGAAAUAAUAACAUCUCCUGGCUGGUAUUUGUCUCCAUGUUGUGGCCAUUGCUACUAUAAAUCCUGUAGUGAGUAAGGGCAUUAUAGGAAACUGUUAGGAAAGAAGUAUUCUUUGAGAAGAGCUGUUAGGGCAUCACUUAUAUUCUAUAAUUAAUUUAAAUGAUAUAUUUGUUCAUAGCCCAAAAAGCAGGGUGCACAUACUGUAACCCUAACACUGAUGUGCGUCACAGAAAAACGAAUGAGGACUAGGUUCAUUAGUGAGCGCAUUACUGACCCUGAGGUGGAACUGGUUAUGUUAGGAGCACUUAACCAUUGAUCUGCCCUUCCUAGAAAGAUGUUCUGGGAGCAAUUCCAAUUGUUAUCCAUUGCUAUAGAUUGCAAUAUUUAAAGGGGAAGCAUUUCUAUUAUAUAUAAGAAAAAAAAAUUGUUGUGGAUUUCUAUUACAUACAUUUUUUUCUUAUAGUUAUUUAAAUUGACAAUGUAUUAGUGAGUUUCUCAAUGUAACUUUUUUUUUGCUGAAAAUACUCACGCUAUAAGUCACUGGCAGAUUCUAAUUGGCUGAUUCCAGCACAAGCCAGCUGUUUGCAAUGUGCCACUAAUAUGCCACAGCAUGGAAUGUUAGGUUGAGGAAGCGCACUAAUGUGAAAAAUAAUAAUGUUCACUACAAAUCGGGUGCAUGUUUAUAUUAAUAUUUUCCUUUAAACAACGGAGAGAUGGCCAAAGAUACACUUUACAUAGUUUUGAAUUCAUUUUUGGCUUACAGCAUAAUUAUAAUUAUACCUUUAAGGUGUAGUACCUAUAUUUCAUUAUUUUAUUAUCUAGCUAUAGAGAUAUUGUGUGAUAAUUUGACUGUUUCUGUGCCUUGAAUACAAAAUGCGUACUCAUUCCAAUAUCAAGGAAACAGUCUUAAAACUGUAAUGUGGUCAGUGGAAUACAGGGGUACAAUGAGAUAACAAGAAAGGUGAAUGUAACCUGAAUGUUUGAAAAUGAAUAUAAAAUGCUUUAUAUCA